AUGCCAAUUUUUGCCGCCAAGAAAAGACAAGCUACACUGAAGAAGAAGCUUGUUCUCCAGCAGGGUGAUGAAUUGAAGAAGGAGAGUCUCAACAUCCCGAGCUGGGCGCCAUUUAAGCUGAUUGAUCACGGACAGGCCGCGAAUGACCAGGUGCUUAUUCCUCAGAAGCCGGAGGUUCCGGGUGACGCGCUUAAGGAUCAUUGGACUCCAAAGACCGUAAGGAUAUAUCCCACUAGCAAACAGAAAGAGAUACUACACUUAUGGCUUACGGCUACAAGACAUAUGUACAACCUUGCUGUGGCCGAGAGAAUUCGUUUGGGAAAGGAGGCCAAGGAAAACGGGACAAAAGUCAAGAUGAAGCUCAAGCACCUACGCGAAGUUAUGCCCUUAAAGAAGAACUUUGAUUACGAGCGCGACCCGAAGCUCACCUAUUUGAAGAACGUACCGUUUCUAAUCAAGGACAAUGGCCUACGUGAUUUCGACAAGGACUAUCGGACCAACCUGGCCAAAUCUAAAAACACGCUGAGACCCUUCAAGAUCCACUUUAAGAAAAUAAAGGAUAAGCAGAGCAUGACAGUGGAGAAAAAAGUAUGGGGCCUCAGCCGUGGCAUAUACCACGACGUAUUCCGGAAAGGUGCAUUUAGGAGUACCGAGCCACUGCCAGAACAACUCCCACACGAUUCAAGACUAAUACGCGAGCAUGGAAAAUGGUUUUUAGUCAUCCCAUAUGAGACAAGCGGCCUCAUGCCGAAGAAAGAGGCUAUCAAUGCAGUUGCCGUGGAUCCUGGCGUCAGAACAUUCCUAACUACCUACGACAGCAGCCAAAGGGUGCUAGAGAUCGGUGAGGAUGGGUAUCUGAAGCUUCAGCACCUGGACCGCAGAUUGCGAUCCCUUCAGUCAGAGAUCCACAAGCUUCGUAGCAAGGGAAUUGUGCUAUCCAAGGAAGACCGAAAAAGGAAAAUACGUAACCGCAGGACUGUAAUCAGCAGGCUUUAUCAGCGGAAGAAAAACCUGGCUAACGAUGUUCACAGAAAGGCAUCCCAUUUAUUAGCGAGCAAAUACAAUUACAUUCUGAUUCCGGUACUCAAUUUCCAUAACUUCAAAAAAACAAACCGCAGAGUUAAGGCGAAUCUCGCAAAUAUGAAGCACUGUCUCUUCGUGCAGCGCCUGAAGAACAAAGCUUCUCACUUUGAAAAUACCACAGUAAUCGAAGUGGAUGAGGAAUUUACGACAAAGACGUGCUCCUUGUGUGGUGUCCGCAGUAAUAUCGGUGCGUCCAAAGUGUUUAAGUGCGAUAAUUGUGACGCGACUUUCGAUAGAGACCACAAUGCGGCCAAAAAUAUCCUUUUGAAGUACCUUGGCGAGAUAGAUUAG